AUGCCUACACAUAUUGUCAAAGAAUCUAAAGUUGAUGUCCUUAUUAUAGGAGCCGGCCCUGCAGGCCAUAUGGCAGCUACCUGGUUUGCUCGCACUGGCGUUAAUGCUCGUAUCAUUGACAAGCGAAGUGCCAGUCAGUUUGUCGGUCAAGCUGAUGGACUUCAGAGUCGUACUUUAGAAAUUUUCCAAUCAUUUGGAUUUGCUGAUCGUGCAAUUAAAGAGUCUAACCACAUGUUGGAGAUUUGUUUCUGGCAGCCAGGUGAAGACGCUAGUAAAGGUAUCGAGAGAUCUGGUAGAAUUCCAGACUCCACUAUUGGUCUCUCUAGAUUUCAACAAGCUGUUAUCCACCAAGGAAGAGUUGAAGGUUGGAUGAGAGAUUCUUGGAGAAAAUGGUCUGAUAAUUCAUUAGUUCUUGAACGGCCUGUUCAGGCCACUGAACUGGUAAUUGACACGUCAAUUCCUGCGUCUGAUAUCGAAUCAUAUCCUGUAACUGUCACUGUUGAGCAUUUGAAAGAUGAACAAGCUGUGGCCGAGCAAUUUGGUAGUAAGGUUUCUAAUGGUCUUUUCAGACAGUUUGGCGGUGACGGUGAUAAGAACGCAAAAGGAGAAACUGAAAUUAUUCAUGCCAAGUAUGUUGUGGGUACCGAUGGUGCGCAUUCCUGGGUCCGUAGGAACUUGGGCAUUUCAAUGGUUGGAGAAUCGACCGACUACAUUUGGGGUGUUCUUGAUGGAAUUCCAGUUACUGAUUUCCCCGAUAUUCGAUGCCGUUGCGCUAUACAUUCCGCGGAGCAUGGGUCGAUAAUGGUGAUUCCAAGAGAGCACAAUAUGAUCCGGUUAUACAUUCAGCUUCAAAAGACCCCUCAGGCAAGUGAUAGCUCCAGUGGUCGCAUUGACAGAUCAAAGAUUACUCCUGAAUUGAUUUUGGAGAAUGCCAAUAAGAUUCUUUUCCCUUAUACUAUUGAUAUGGUCGAUAUCAAAUGGUUUACAGCUUACCAAAUUGGUCAAAGAGUUGCUACAGAGUUCCAAAAGAAUGGAAGAGUGUUCCUAGCUGGAGACGCUACCCAUACACACUCUCCCAAAGCUGGUCAAGGCAUGAAUAUUUCCAUGGCAGACACUUAUAACUUAGCAUGGAAAAUUGCUCAUAUUGUCAAGGGAGUUGCAGAUCCUGCUAUUCUUGAUACUUAUGAAUCGGAGAGAAAGACAAUUGCUCAAAACCUGAUCGAUUUUGAUGCCAAACUCUCGAAGUUAUUUUCUGGCCGUCCUGCUGUCCCAGGCAUUGAGACUCCAGGCGUGGAUCUUGCUGAGUUUCACAAAGUCUUUGAGAAGGGUAACGAAUUUGCUUCAGGAACUACUGUUGAUUAUGACGGGUCUAUCUUGAUUGAUAAAGCCACCAAUGAACUGACUGAAACAAAACGUAGGUAUGACGAAGAUAACAUUACAACCAAUCCUCUUGCUACGAAUUGCCCAAUCGGCCGUCGUUUGGAUACUGCACAAGUCGUGGUUCAAUCAGACUCUAAACCUGUUGAACUGGCUGAUGUCUGUCUUUCGGAUGGACGCUGGAGAGUUUUAUACUUCGCCGGUGACAUCAAGUCAAAUGCAAGUCUUAAAAAUUUUAUGGUCAAAUUUGGAGAAUAUCUGGAAGCAAGCGAUAACUUUGUUAAGAAAUAUACCCCUGCUACAGCAAGUCUUUACUCGGUUAUUGAUAUUCUUCUAGUACAUGCAUCUUCACGAACUGCCUGUGAGUGGAACGAUUUCCCUUCUGCCUUUAGACCUAGGGACCAUAAGGGCCGUAUGGAUUAUCUUAAGAUCUACGCUGAUGAUACUUCUUAUCAUCAAGGACAUGGCCACGCUUAUAAGAAAUACGGCAUCGACACUUCCUUCGGAGCAUUGCUAGUUGUUAGGCCCGAUGGUUAUUUAGCCAAAGUGGAGCCCUUGAAUCAAGAUGGUAUUAACAGUAUUGAAGAGUUUUUUGCUAAAUUUAUGAUUCCUCAAAAGGUCUCAUUAUCAAACCACGAGCCAAUCAUUCUCGAAAGAGAAGAGAAAGAGUGGUAUGGAUCCGAGUCUUAUGCGCGAAGAAUAUUUUUGGAGUAA